AGUCUCAGGCGGGACUCGGAGCAGCUGUUGCGGCGUGCGCUCCGGCUCAGGGCAGGAAAAGGGAAACUGGACUCGGAGGGCAGCAGGGCAACUGAUAGUUCACGAGUUCGAGUUCCAGCAGCAGCAGCGGGUCAGAUGUGGCCAAUGUGGACGGGCACUUUUUGAUUUUGUUCUCAACUUGAGGCAUUACUGCAAAAAUCUGACUGGAUUGGUGGACAUUACUGCGUAAAGUUGGGAACAAUUCUGCGCCUGAAACCAAAUGCGGCUGCAUUUGCAAACGCUCGCGCAAAGACAAACAGGCGAGACGGAGGAACGCCGCGCGGACUCGUGAUCAUGGAGACAACUCAGUGAAAUGUCAUAAAAAGCUGUGAUGCAACUCUUUCUCAGGACGCAAGUGCACUUUUGAGCCGUUCCGUCCAGUUUUACGCAGGGCGUGGACCGCACAGCCCCGCAACUCUGCGAGGAAAGCCUCGCAAAAGUCGCCGCGUUUCGCUGCAGGGGUUGAAGACGCAGGAACAACGGCGGUGCUUUCCCAGACCAUGGCCGCCACCUCCCGGGACAGUUGCCUCUGGUUGCCCUGGAGACGGAUCCUCCUCGCGCUCUGGCUGUGCGCGCUCGGGACGCGCGGGGCCGAGGAUGGCAGCUCCUUUAACGCAGAGUCGUGGUUGAGGAUGUACGGUUACCUGCCUCAGGCCAACAGACAGAUGUCGACCAUGCGAUCCGCUCAGAUUCUGUCCGACGCCGUCAGCGACAUGCAGCGCUUCUACGGGCUGGAGGUCACCGGGCAGAUGGACCCUCAAACCAUCAGCGCCAUGAGGAGACCCCGCUGCGGUGUGCCUGACAAGUUUGGAGGGCAGAUCAAAACCAACGUUCGGCGGAAACGCUACGCACUCACUGGACAUAAAUGGACCAAGAGCCAUCUCACUUACAGUAUUCAGAACUACACUCCCAAAAUCGGGGAGUAUAACUCGUUCGAGGCCAUCCGGCGGGCCUUCAAAGUCUGGGAGAGCGUCACGCCACUCACCUUUGAUGAAAUCCCCUACCAGGAAAUCAAAUAUGGACGCCGCAAGGAGCCCGACAUCAUGAUCUUCUUUGCAUCAGGGUUUCAUGGAGACAGCUCCCCGUUUGACGGGGAGGGGGGUUUCCUCGCUCACGCUUACUUCCCUGGACCUGGGAUGGGUGGGGACACGCAUUUUGACUCGGAUGAGCCGUGGACCAUAGGGAACCACAACGUACAAGGUAACGACCUCUUCUUGGUCGCCGUGCACGAGCUGGGACAUGCUCUGGGUUUAGAGCACUCCAACAACCCUUUGGCCAUCAUGGCUCCUUUCUACCAGUGGAUGGAGACUGACAACUUCCAGCUGCCAGAUGAUGACCUGCAGGGCAUACAACGGAUUUACGGUCCUCCAGGCGGCGGCCCCACCAAGGCCCUGCCUACAGUGACACCCCGCCGUCCAGAUCACCGGCCUGUUCCACCAACUCCCCGACACCCUGACCGUCCCAGGGUCACCGACAGACCAGACUCCUACGGACCCAACAUCUGUGAAGGCAACUUUGACACAGUGGCUGUGCUGAGAGGAGAGAUGUUUGUGUUCAAGGGUCGAUGGUUCUGGCGGGUGCGCAGGAACAGGGUUCUCGAUAACUACCCCAUGCCCAUCAGCCACUUUUGGAGGGGUCUCCCCGGUGACAUCGACGCUGCGUACGAGAGGCAUGACGGCAGGUUCGUCUUCUUUAAGGGAAACAGGUUCUGGAUUUUCAGGGAGGCUAACCUUGAGCACGGCUAUCCACAGGAGUUGGUGGAUUUUGGUCGUGAUAUUCCUUAUGACCGGAUAGAUACGGCUGUCUGGUGGGAGCCAUCCGGCUACACUUACCUCUUCCAAGGAGACCGGUACUGGCGCUUUAACGAGCAGUCCCGCUCGGCUGAUGUGGGGUACCCAAAGCUGAUCAGUGUCUGGGGGUCCUCGGUGCCCUCUACUCCUAAGGGAGCCUUCCUCAGCGACGAUGGAGCGUACACAUAUUUCUACAAGGGUUCCAAAUACUGGAAGUUUGAUAACCACCGUAUGAAGAGUGAACCCGGCUACCCCAAGUCCAUCCUCAGAGACUUCAUGGGAUGCAGCGUGGACUUGAAUCCAGACAAAGACACCGACUCGGGACGUAAAUACCCAGACGUGAACCGGCCGCCGUUCAACCCAGACGCAGGUCGUGACGGUGACAAAGGCAAAGAUCGGCACGGGGUCGAUCGCGAAGGGGAGGACAGGAAAACCGGCAAAAGCUCCGACAAGGACAAAGAUGAGGACUAUCGCGAAGGCCGUGAAGAGGACACGAACGAGGUGGACGUGGUGCUGAAGGUGGACGACAGCGAGGAACGGACCAUGAACAUUCUGAUGGUGACCAUCCCGCUGGUCCUGGUGCUGUGCAUCCUGGGGCUGAUCUACGCCAUCAUCAACACGCUGCAGAGCAAAGGGGCGCCACGCCUGCUGGUGCACUGCAAGCGCUCGCUGCAGGACUGGGUCUGACACCUCACCACAGGAUUCACUGGACUCUGAACUUGACUUUGGAUACCUCCUCCUCUUGAAUCCGGAUCUCUUUCCAGUGAUCCGUCCGUCUCAAGGCUCUGUGCUCCUGCAGCUUGUAGUGGUAGUAGAUCCAUGCAGACCCUGUACUGAACCACAUGCAUCAACCAUGUCCACACACACAGGCAAACACCACAGAAACCUCUCCUGCCUCCAUGGUGCUCUACAACAGGGUGACUGUAGUCUAUUUAUGAGAGAACUUUGCACAUUGGGUUUCUUUUUUUCAUGUUUUUGUUUUGGUUCAUUCUGUGUGACUUUGUGUUGCUGUUAUUAUUAUCUUUUCUAAACCUGGAAGCGUGCUCUAUUCUCACUCUUGUUUCUCCACCUUCCUCUGGUCUCAGUGGGGGACUUUUCCAGUCUGAGAGGCUUCACAUCUGCUCAUGUCAUUUCACAAAGAAAAGCAAUUUAUAGAUGGAGCGCCAUGCUUCAGGUAUGGGUUCUCCCCUCUUCACAGAAUAUUAUAUCAGUGACGGGGAGGGGGCCUGAAACCUGAAAACCCUAAAACAUGACGGAUCAGUCAAUGAUCUGCCAAACUCAGAGCUUCAAAGGAAUAAUCUGACUGUUUCAGAUCAUUCAAGUUAGAGUUGAAGAGUUAGAGCUGAAUUCCUCUCAUCAGCUUAAA